CUUCAAAAGUCGACUUGACUGGCGGCUCACUUGACUUUUAGUUUCGUUUCGAGUCUCGACGUUGGCGGUUGUGUUUCCGCAUUAACUGCGAGUUUUGUGAACUUAAAAAGAUAAAUUGGACCAUGCUGCGUUUCACCCACGGACUGCUCCUCCUGUGGGCGGCUUCUGCCCUGGGAAACGACAAUCUGCGCGUGGCCUACGAGUGGCGGGAAAUGGACUUCGAGUACGCCAGUCCGGACCAGAGGUGGUCGGCCAUCGAGCGCGGCGAGUUCAAGCCGGCCAAUGUGAUACCCUUUGGCCUGGAGGUCGCCGGCCACCGACUCUUCGUCACCCUGCCCCGCUGGCGGUCCGGAGUGCCGGCCUCGUUGGCCUACCUUGAUCUUAAUGAUACCUCCAGCAAGAGUCCGGUCCUGAAGCCCUUCCCCAGCUGGCAGGCCCACAAUUUCCAAGAAGACGACGCGGAGCUGGUCUCUCCAUUCCGCGUGCGAGCCGACCGAUGUGGCCGCCUCUGGGUCCUGGACUCUCGAAUUUCUGGGGUCCUAGAGCAGACCAAGAUCUACGGAGCAGCCCAACUGCUGGUCUACGACCUGCACAAUGACGACCUGCUGCGAAGACAUGUAUUUCCCUUGGGCCAACUGAAGCAGGGAUCCCUGUUGGCCAAUCUCGCCGUGGAGGACUCUGAUUGCGAGAACACCUUUGCCUAUGCGGCCGAUUUGGGCAACCCCAGCCUGCUGGUUUACUCGUGGAAGGACCAGGAGUCGUGGCGCGUGCAGCACCAUUUCUUCCACCCCGAUCCCUUGGCCGGUAACUUCAGCAUCAACGGCAUCGAGUUCCAGUGGGAUGAUGGUCUAUAUGGUCUGGCUCUGUCGAAACCCUUGGAAUCCGGCUACUCCACAUUGUACUUCCAUCCCCUUUGCUCCACCACGGAAUUCUCGGUGGAUACGGCGAUAUUGCGAAACAAGACCUUGGCCACCUCAACGAUGAUUUACAGGGAGUUCAAGGUGUUGGGCUCGAGGGGCCCAAACACCCAGGCUGGAGCCGAGUUCUUGGACCCUGCCAGCGGUGUCCUUUUCUACGCCCUGCCCAAUCUGAAUGAAGUCGCCUGCUGGCGCACUGCCACUGAAUUCAAGCACAGUUCCCAGAGUCGCAUCUUCAUGAGCAACGACAGCUUGGUGUUCCCCAGUGACAUCAAGGUGGAUGACCAGCAACGUCUGUGGGUGCUCUCCAACCAGCUGCCCGUCUUCAUCUACGAUGAGCUGUAUCCCGGUUCCAUUAAUUUCCGCAUCUUAACGGCCAGUGUUAAGGAUGCCAUCGAGAACACUGCCUGCGAAAUCAGAACUUCCCCCCUGCCGGAUGUGAUCAACAAACUUGGGGAUAUCCUAAACACGAAUAUCAAGGUGAAGACAAAUUCUGCGGAAUCCCUGGGAAGCCUGAGGUCCCUGAUGAUGGUUGGUCUGUGUUUCCUGAUGAGCUUUAGGAUCUAGAUUUGGAUAGACGUACAAAAGUAUCUUGCACACUCAAAUGCAGUAUUUUCGGAUUUUUAGUAAUGCAAAGUGUUUUUUAGGACCGAAGUCUGCAGGCUCUUGGUUUUAAAAACAUUUCUGUUUUCUUACACGUACGAAAUAUUUUUAUUUGAGUGCAUCUGUAUUAUGUUUAGUUAUAGGCUAAGAAAACUGUAACCUUAUUCGUGAUGUUGAUUAAAUGUAAGAAGUGUAUUGGAA